UAAUUCGUGGGAUUAUCGAUCCUGUUUCGAGUUUCGAACGUAAUUACCGGCACUUACACCCUCCACUGUGGCGACGCUCAUGGCGUCGCUCCUGCAACCUCUACUUUGCGUGACGGCUCCGGCUGACGCUGGAAGAUAUUGCACUGGCGGCGACAAUGGAGGUUCGAACGAGCUGUCUUCGCCUGCAGGCUUGAGGAAAAAGAAGCUUGCGACGACGAGGUUAUCGAGUACUUCGAACCCUUUCGUUAAGCACUGCGUCAAGCUCCGUCUCAGCUCUUCUUAUCGCCGUUCCUGCGGUUAUGCCCUAGUUGUUGGCCUCAUUCCCAUCAUGGAAGUUUGCAGGUUCCAAGAAUUGAAUAAUGAAGAACUCUCUAGCAUUGAGUGCUUACUUCUUUUAGAUGGUAUGGAGAGACCAGAAUUGUUCAAUCUCCCCUCUACUUCGAUAGUACAUGUGAGCCCUCAUGUGAUGAAGAAACUUUCUGGCGUCCAAUCAGUUGAUUCUACUGAAGCAGUAGCCAUAAUGAAGAUCCCUAGAAGCUUCUUUGAUAUGCUUGGAGAACACAAGGAAGCAGUAUAUCCAAGUUGGUUCCGUUUGCCUAACAGAAUAUUGGUUCUUGAUGGUAUCCAGGAUCCAGGUAAUGUUGGCACGCUUUUAAGGUCAUCUUUGGCUUUCAAAUGGGACCUAGUCUUUCUUCUUCCUGGCUGCUGUGAUCCUUUCAAUGAGAAAGCACUCCGAGCAGCUCGAGGAGCUUCCUUUCAGAUCCCUAUUAUUUCUGGCAAUUGGCUCCAUCUAGAGGCUCUUGCUAGCAGAUUCCAGAUGAAGAUGCUGGCUGGCCAUCCAGAGAACUAUGCUGAAGCAUCAAGUCAAAUUUCACUUCUGUCAGCUAAGCUUGCAGAUUCGCUGGCUAAUAGACCUCUCUGCCUUGUAUUAGGCAGUGAAGGGCUUGGUCUCUCACCUGAAGCGUUGCAAUCAUGUGAACUUAUUGGCAUUCCGAUGGCAGGGAUUUUCGAGUCUCUUAAUGUUUCCGUUGCAGGUGGGAUCUUCUUAUAUAUGCUACAGCCUGAAAAAUAUAGAUAAAUCGAUUUCUAUAUCAUUUUCACUGUUAAUUAAUAUUAGUUUCUGCUGUUUAUUCUCUUUCAAUUUCUUAUACAUCAUUUUUAUCUA